AUGUUAUAUCCCCAUCCAGCUCGUGCCUCGUCUGGUCUGCGUAAGCAUUUCCCAACCCCCCCCCCGCUACUACUUCUACAUAGGGCAGCGACACGCAUUCGGUCCUUCCUGGCGUUUGUGGGCCUACUCACCCUGGUAAUCGCGCUGCACGAGGCUGGACACCUGGUUGCCGCCCUAUCGCAGGGCAUCAAGUACGUACUCAGGGCCAUCCCGAUAGGCGGCUACGUUAGCUUCCCCAACGACUACAGGGUGGAUAAGAAUGGGGUGGCUACAGAGUUCGAUGAUCCCGACCUGCUGUUCAACCGGGGUCCCUUUUCGCGAGCAAUUGUUUUCGCGGCGGGGGUCGUGGUUAACUUGGCGGUGGCGUGGGCGUGUGCCUUCUGGGGCGUGACGACCGGCCGGAUUGUUCAAGCCCACUACCAGCCAGGCGUGCUCGUCGCGCAGGUGACGGAUCCAAAGGGCGGGGCAGCGGUGGCGGGCAUCCAACCAAAGGACAUUCUCCUGGCUAUCAACGGGAACAGGCUACCGGACAGCAGCACCACGAGCGUCGAGAGAGCCGUGAGGCUGAUCCAGGCGUCCGAGGGAAAGCCUGUGGCGAUUGAGGCCGCCCACCAAGGCUCUCGACCGACGACGCAGAUGGUUCAGACCGCUAUCGGGAUGUCGGGAAAGUACGUGGUGGGCGUCCUCCUCGCCGCCAACCUGGAGUCCGUGGACAGAAGGACGGCGGACACCCUCGUGGAGGCUGCUGGUGUGGCCUUCAAGAGGAUGGCCGCGUUGUCGUCAAGGACUUUCGAUCCGUAUAUUAGCUGCUCCGGCCCUGUCGAGAUCGUCGCGGUGCGGGAGGACGUAGCCCAGUCGAUCGGGCCAUCGGCCCUUCUGUCGUUUGUGGCGAUCUCCGUCAACGCUGCGGUGAUCAACUCUCUCCCCGUCCCGGGGCUGGAUGGGGGACACAUGGCGUUCAUCCUGGCAAAGAGAUCCUCAGCGGCAAGAAACUCGACCGAGGCGUCUACGACGUGAUCAACGGGGUUGGGCUUCUGAUUGUCUUCGGCAUCGACCUCGCCGCCUUCGCCCGCGAUGUGGGCAUCGCCCCUCUCUUCCAACGGAGCUUGAGCGGGGCGUUACGAUGUGUUCGUGACGGGGUUGGGCUACUUAUCGUCUUCGGCAUCAGCCUCGUCACCUUCGCCCGCGACCUGGGCAUCGCCGCUCUCUUCGAACGGAUCUUGAGCGGGGCGCUACGACGUGUUCGUGAGGUGGAUUAUGUCAUCCUUGCGAAGGCUAUUGCUGUAACAAUCAUGUGUCGUGUGCUUGAGGAAUGAAAUAUGAAUGUCGCAGUUCCAGGACGCAGAUCUUCGGGGUACAUUCCGUUAUAGACUAUCUUUGGCAAGUUGUGUGGUGUUCCGAGUUCUGGAUGCGUCUUUACGGCUGUGGAUUUCUUGCAACUGCUGUUGCUUGCGUGCUUGGGUGCUCGACGCACCUGGUGCGCACUCUCUUCUGCGUCCGUGUCUUCAAGAGGCAACCUACAUAAUAAACAUCAACAUCUCUCCAUGUCUGUCAACCGGGUCAGCCGUGCU